AAACGCUCUUCAAAGCUAAAUUUUGACAUUGACAACAACAAAAUUAUUGUGAAAAAUGGGAAACUCCCCAGUAAAACAACAUAUUGAUACAGCACAGAAAACUGGAGCUUGUCAACUCAGUAAACUUGGAAUCAAAGAGUUUCCUGAAGAUUUAUACCAACUAGCUAAAAACUUGAGAACACUUGAUUUGUCUGAAAAUAAACUACAUGGACUGCCACAGCAAAUAGGAAAUUUUACUUCUUUAAAGAGUUUGAUACUAAAUAACAACAAAUUAGAAAGUCUACCAGCAGAAAUAGGAAAUUUAAAGAAGCUUGAAACAUUAUCUUUGGAAAACAACCACAUAACAUCAGUACCUUCCUCUUUAUGUAAUCUGACAAAUCUGAGAACAAUAAACCUAUCUGGUAACCAGAUAAAAGUGUUCCCUGCUGACCUUAGUAAACUUAGGCAGCUUGAUGCUUUAAAUUUGUCACGGAAUGGAAUUACAACUAUUCCAGAAAGUGUUUCAUCGUGUCAGGCUAUAGAAAUUAAUCUUAACCAAAAUCAGGUAUCUGUUUUACCUGAAAGUGUGGCCAAAUGUCCACGAUUAAAAGUGUUAAGAUUAGAAGAAAACUGUUUAGAAAUCUCAGCAUUUACACCACAGAUUAUGAAACAUUCACAAAUAGCAUUAUUAGCUAUAGAAGGAAAUGUAUUUGACUUUAAACAGUUCAACAAUCUGGAUGGUUAUGAAGAGUACAUGGAAAGAUUUACAGCAACAAAGAAAAAGUUCAACUGAUGUUAAAACCUAGUGGCAGAACAGAAGUUCUGAAUAUAUAGAGGAUGACGCCAGGUUCUCUGCAAUGAUCACAGACACAGUACUUAAGCAGACUUGAUUCAUAUAGGUCAUGUGUACAAUACUAUAAACCUAGAUUUAAUCAUCAUGUUCCAAGAUUUCUAUUUAAAGGUCAGGGCUAUUCCAUCAAAAUGUAUGCAAGAGGAAAAAGGGAACAUGUGUGUUUGUCCUUUCCAUGUAUGCAAAAUUAUUCAAGAAAGUAUGUUGGUUGAUUUUGGAAAAUUUCUUCAUACGGUAAAAAAAUUGUUAAUGGAACAUCCAUUAAAGAAAUGGGUUGAUAUAGAAACUGUAUUAAAUUUACAGUUAUAUAGUAUAUAAAACAUGUUGUAAAAGUAUAUUAUUUUCUAUUAAGUUUGAAUAUAAUUUAAAUUAUGUCUGUGACAACAAAAAUGAUUGUUCAAUAUGUAUAAUUUUAAUACUAUAACUGUAUAAUUGGUUAAAUUGUAAAAGGAAUCUCCUAAAACUGACAAAUAUUUUGUUUUAUUUGUUAUGAAAUCAUUUGCACAAAAUUUUUUAAUUUCAAAAUGUCAUGUAAAAACCUGAUGAUUUGGUCUUCAACUUGGUUGAAAUAGUGGCAGUCAGUUGUUUUGUUAGAUUAUAGACCUUUAUGAAUUACUGAACAUGAAUUGAGCCGUUAUAGUCUGUUUCAAGUAUUAACUGUUUUAAAUAGUUUGUUCAUAAAAGCCAGAGAUCUUUGAAUGUCCCUUUGGUAUCUUUUACAUUUCACAAAAAAAUUACAAUUGAAAUAGAUCCUAAUUAUAUUGAAUCGCAUUUUACCAGUCAUUUUUGUUAAAACAUUAUUUGUGAAACAAAGGCCUGGUACUUAAUAAAUGUAUCAGAGGUGUUCAGUCAGUUCUGUUGAAAAAUUGUAAAACUUUGUGUGUCAAUGAUAAUACAUCAAGCAGUUCCGUAUCUGCUUGGUGAAUAGUAAAGCUUUAAAGAUCUUUUAAUCUUCAUUAUUGAAGGCUCAAUAUCUGUACUGUGAUCUCUGAGGCAAGAUUCAGUAUUAUACUGUUCAUUUUGUACACCACUCCAUGGCAGCUUUGUGUCAAUACCUAUAAUUUCACAAUGUUUAAAUGUUUGAGUAUAUUAUCUGUAUGUAUGUACUGGUAAAGUCCUCCUUUAUUUGGUGCACACAGUCUUUCUGGCAUCUUGUUUAUUUGGCACACCAAUGCAUUGCUGGUCUGUGUCAAUACACAUGAAUUGAUGAUAAAUAUGUAUACACAAUGAAUAGUUUUCCCAGGAUGAUAUUGCAUCCUUAAAAAUUUGAAAUUCCAUUUAUUUGUGUAUAGUCCUCAGUCAUAAUAAUUCAUGAACUUCAUCGCUUUAAUUGUUUAGGAACUCUUUUGUAAAAUAAUUUUGAAACUUCAAAUAAAAAUCUUAUGUAUAUAGAAUACAUUUAUAUAAGCUAAGAUAUGAGUGCAAGACUACCAUUCCUCAUAUCUGUAUUGAGGCAUAUAUAUCUUUGGUGCAAGACCGAUAUACAUGUACAUAAACAUAUUUUUCAGGGCGGACUGAAUUAUGUAAAGAAUUUGUUUGUCUUUUGUACAAUGUAAACACUAUGUAUUAGAUAUUAAGUGUAUGCUAUUUAGGCUGUGAUUUUAUUAUAUGUGAAAUAAUUGUACAUACUUACAAUAUUUAUAUUACUCAGUAAAAAUUCAUGUAAGACUCUGAAAGCCUGUGUUGCUCAUCAGAUCAACUGAUCUAUGAGCAUAUUCACCAAUGGCCACUCUUUAACAUUGUAGACUAGAAUAUAGUUCAUCACUAAAAAGUAUUUUCCUUAAAAUUUACUUAUAUUAAAUUGUUAUUUUGUUCUGCUUUGUUUUGUUUUUUGGCUUAGAAACUGAUUUGACUUGUUUAAAAUUAUAUGUUCCAUUGUGAAUUUAUGAUUGUUUCAUUCUGUUGGUUUUGGUUGUUUUUUUACAAUUAUUUGGAGGGGGAUAAUGUUAUGCAUAAUAUGUCAAAUAAUAAGCUACCAGGGAUUGUGAAUGAACAAAAUUUUAUUCCUUUUUAUACGACCGCAAAAUUUGAAUUUUUUUUGUCAUAUAUUGCUAUCACGUUGGGGUCAUCGUCUGCGUCGUCGUCCGAAUACUUUUAGUUUUCACACUCUAACUUUAGUAAAAGUGAAUAGAAAUCUAUGAAAUUUUAACACAAGGUUUAUGACCACAAAAGGAAGGUUGUGAUUGAUUUUGGGAG